AUGGAGACAUACAACGGGCUGGUCCGUACCCCGACGGACGCCAUUAUCCUCUUCGAAGCCUGUAGAAUGGGAAUUCUGCCUCGAGUCCAACGACGUUUAUCCGAGAAGGAGCGACAGUCGAUCAGAUCGGGAUCAGUAUUUGUCUGGGAUGAAAGAGAAGCCGGGAUGCGGAGGUGGACCGAUGGCAAGAGCUGGAGCGCGAGCCGCGUAUCAGGCAGUUUCUUGACAUACCGGGAGAUGGAGGGGAAACGAGGUGGAAACUCCUAUUCCAAUAAUGCAAACCGCGGCGCAAAGACCCCCGAAGGCGGGAACGAAGCUACUUCGCAGGACGGCGACGGGGAAGAGGGUCCUGACGGGUACCGGUACAAACCUGACGGGCUGAUGAAGCAGUCUUUCAGCAUCACGACUUCGACUGGCCAACAUCUCCACCUGAUCAGCUACUACUCGCGGUCUCAUCCAACUGCCCAAGUUUUGCGACAACCUAGUACUGAUCCCAGUCUGGCCAGCAUCACACCGGCCAAAGGCAUGUAUCCAGAAUCGACCAUCAACGAUCAAUCAUCCGUCCCUGCUGUCACCCGCUCCCCGAUGCUCGGAGCGCCGGGCUAUGUGGUGAGUCCUGGAGCGCCGGGGUAUCACCGACCAGGCCCGGCCUCACCACCAGCGUACCUGCCACCGGGCUACAUUCCUCACCCGGCAGCGUACAUCUACCCCAUCAGCCCGAUGCACACACCACCCCCAGGGUACCACCUUCAGCCCUAUCCCCUCCACCACCCCGGCUUACCUCCGCUGGCAUACGGCGCGCCUCCUUAUCAUUCCCCACACGCUCUGCACAUGAGCCAUGCGCCUCCGUCAUCUUAUGACCAGCGGCCCUUGCGCAAUUCCGAGUCCCGAGGUUCAGUGCCUCCGCCGCCACCGUCGAGCGCGGGGCAGGUAGCGCCCGCGUCGUACUCCAUAACACAGCCGCCUAUCGCAUAUCAGCCGAGUCCAGCGCCAGCACCACCCAUGGCCCCAGCGGCGCCCGAACAGCCAGUCGAGAAUGCUGGUUCGGGACUACAGAUCGACCCCAGACUGACAGCGACGGCGACCGCGAAUGGAAACGGGAAUGACACUCGAGCGAACGGCGUGCCUAGCAGUAAAGCAGAAGAAACCACGUCGACGGCUCAGCCCUCUGACACGACUGCAGUAGGCGUAAGCGCCAGCCAAGCCCCCACCAUCAACGCGCUCGUGCACAACAUCACCACAAAUAUUCCUCCCGCCGAAAAAGCAUCAGCGUCAGAGGCAGAAGCGGACCGACAAGGGAGCACGAGUCCUGGGGGCACAAAGAAUGGCGCGCCCCCACAAGAUAUCCCGAGUGAGAAGUUGGGGUUCCGGGAAGACAAGAGGGCACUAAGCAAGCUGGAUCGUGUGUUCGCUAAGGUGUAG